GAAAAAAACUAUCUGUGAGAAAGCCACCCUGCCUGGGGCAGUAGAGACCAAGACUUCCUGUUACUAUUUCCAUUUUAUGCAGUCGGAGUCAGGACAAUCAGAGGUUUCUGCCCGAAGAGAUGAAUCUCCCAUGGAUAUAGACCAGCCGUCCUCUGUCACUCAAGAUGUGCAGCCUGUUGGCUCUGAAGGACCUCAACAGGGAGAGAAGGAAAAAGAGGAAAGGCCCCCAGACCUUCCAUUACUAAGUGAACAGUUGAGCCUGGAUGAACUUUGGGACAUGCUCGGUGAAUGUUUGAAAGAACUAGAGGAAUCCCAUGACCAGCGUGCUGUAUUGGAUCACUUUCUGUAUUCCUAA